UGCUAACCGCGCCCGGUAAAGUCCCGUCGAUUUAUCGCUCCAUUUAAAAAAGACAGGAACAAAAAUAAAUUUAGUAUUACUCAAUACACUGUGGCGGCGCAAGCUUGUGAAUCACAACAAUGUUUCGUUGGAAGGUUAUUGUUUUUAUUGCGGCGAUAUUUGCGGUAAACGCUGCGGUUAUCAAUGUUUAUGACGACGACGUGAAGACGUUUAAAACGAAGGUUCAUGGAGUAAAAAGCUGCAACGAGGCUGCGUGUAAGGUAGUGUGUCGCAUGCUGGGCUUCAACACGGGCACGUGCGACGGCGAUACUUGCGAGUGUAGUAAACUGCACAAUAAUGAUGAACAAACUCAACGAAAUACGAUUCCCAGUCUGGACGAAGUUAAAACUGAACAAAUUGAACAUAAUGAAGUGACGAGUGUGGAUGAGAAUGAAAUCGGCGAAGGUGUGAGGGGUUGUGACCCCGUGGGCUGCGACCAACUGUGUCGUCGCUUGAAGUUCCCGGGUGGUGUUUGCGUCAACGGCCGCUGCAAAUGCGACAACUUCCGGUUGCAAACAGAGGCAGUCAUUGAAAAUACAAUGAACGACGUGAGCAAAUGCAAUGGCGCUGCGUGUAGCGCGAUGUGUCACCGCCUUGGCUACCGCUACGGCGUGUGUGUCAAUGACAACGUAUGCAGAUGCAGUAACGCCUUGAGUGAUGAACAAAUUGAACAUAAUGAAGUGCCAAGUGUGGAUGAGAAUGAUAUCGGCGAAGGUGUGAGGGGUUGCGACCCCGUGGGCUGCGACCAGCUGUGUCGUCGCUUGAAGUUCCCGGGUGGUGUUUGCGUCAACGGCCGCUGCAAAUGCGACAACUUCCGGUUGCAAACAGAGGCAGUCAUUGAAUAUACAAUGAACGACGUGAGCAAAUGCAAUGGCGCUGCGUGUAGCGCGAUGUGUCACCGCCUUGGCUACCGCUACGGAGUGUGUGUUAAUGACAAUGUGUGCAGAUGCAGUAACGCCUUGAGUGAUGAAGAAGCAGUGGUAAAUACUAUCAAAGACUGCGAUAAAGAAAAAUGUAACCAUUUUUGUCAGCGUCUCGGCUUCCAAUGGGGGUGGUGUGACGGUGGCUUGUGCAGAUGUAGCUACGCUCGAACUGAAGAAACAGUAGUUAAUUCAAUGAAAGAAGCAUAUUGUGAUAGUGAUGAAUGUAAUCAGACAUGUAUUCGCCUUGGCUACCGUUGGGGGAUUUGCUUUGGUAACAUUUGUAAAUGUGCCUGGCCCCGAACUGAAGCUUUUGAAUUUGUACCGGACCUGGAAGAAAACAAAGACAUUGCUAACACAAUAGAGUUCAACUUGGAUACAUUUGACGCGACACCUGUUCGCGACUGCGACCAACUGGCUUGUAUAAUGGGUUGCCGAGAGAUAGGCUUUCCUGGGGGAACCUGCUUCUUGGACAAAUGUCAUUGUGACAACUACCAAGGCAAUGACGUUGGAGCUUUACAACGAUUUUUCAAUCUCUUCCAACAAGAAGUACAAGCCACCUGCAACUCGAGCACAUGUAACUUGAUGUGUCUCCGACUAAAAUAUAGCGGCGGUUGGUGCCGAUUUGGCCGAUGCGAGUGUUUCUAAAAGGGGUACAAAGCCUUUUUAGAACGUAAACUGAAUGAUAAAAAAGAAAAUUUGGAAUCAGUGCAAGAAUGUAACAAUGUCAAUUGCGUGUUUAAGUGUCGGAGCUGGGGCUACAUCGGCGGCCGCUGCCUCGAUGGAAGAUGUCUGUGUGUGUAAUGUCUUUGAAGACUUCUUAAAUAUUAAGGUUCUUUUAAAACAUGAUCAUUUUUGUACUUUUAUUUUUUGAUAGGUAUGUCAAGUUAUUUUAGAAUUUAAACUAUCGUGAGUGUUAUUCAUAUUAAUUGAUUAUGAAACACGGCUAAAAUUCAUGUGAUAUUAGGUCGGAGUAUGCCCGCUAGUUUCGAACCCAUACGGGGCUCUUAGUCAUGAGCUGGUUCUUGCAUCGCGGCACGAUCCAACUGUACACGACCUAAUAUCACGUGAGUUUUAGCCGUGUUUCGUAAUCAAUUAAUAUGUCAAGUUAUUGUCCAUUUGAGCCAGAGAUACAUCAUUUUAUGAAGGUCAAAAGUUCGUCAGCCCAUGCUCCUACCAUAGGUGAGUACGUUAGCUAUGGAUAUGUAGCUUAGACCUGCCCCUAAGCCAACUGGCACGUCAAUUCUCUUUCUACGAUCGCGAACACUUCGAAAAGUAGAAAAAUGUAUGGGGAUGAUAUAUGCUAUAGACGUGAUCAAGAUCUGUCAUUCUCAUACAUUUUUCUAGUUUUCGAAGCGUUAGCGAUCGUAGAAAAAGAAUCGACGUGCCACUUGGCUACAUGAGCUGCUCUUGAAUACUACCUAAUGCUACCUUCCAAAGCCACGAUCCAAACUCAAUAGUAACAAACUUGCCUUCAUAAAAUGGGAUAUCAGGUAAGUCUGGUUAUCGGAUAAGUUCUCAAUCCACGAUAGACGUUAUGAACAAAUUGUCGACUUCCUGUAGGCGUCCACAGAUACGCAUCGUACGUAUCGGACGCAUCGCAUCAAACGGAUUUUUAAUUUUACGGUAGAUAGAAUCCGUUCGAUGCGACCCAUACGAUGCGGUUCAGUGGACGCAAUUGUAUGACUUUCAAUACAAAGAAUACUAAAAUCCGUUUGAUGCGAUGCGUACACUGCGAAUCUGUGGAUGUCGUUUGAGUGCCAUUGUCGGUGAUUGUAUGACAAAUAAUUUUAUAUUCUUUACUUUACCGCUUUUGUUUGCUUUAAUUUUGUCUUUAUACGAUAAUUUUUAGAUUCUUAAUAAAGAACAAAUUUUUAUAUUAUAAAUGUA